ACCGGAGGAAACCAAUGCGGUCGAGAGGCGGGGUUGAGACUAUGUGUGUGUAGAAGGGGCUGAGGAUUGUUGCCGCUAUAGCGGCGUUGGACGCGGAGAGCUGCUGUCAGGGUCUGCGGGUGCAGUGUCGCCGCCGCCGCCGUCAUGAGCUACACAGGCUUUGUCCAGGGAUCUGAGACCACUCUGCAGUCCACGUACUCAGACACCAGCGCCCAGCCUACCUGUGAUUACGGCUAUGGAACGUGGAGCUCUGGGACAAACAGAGGCUACGAGAACUAUGGCUAUGGCUAUGGCUAUGGCCAGGAUAGCGCCAGCUAUGGGUAUGGUAUGGCCACUUCCAGCUCCUGGGAAAUGCCUGGCUCUGACACAAGUGCAAACCCUAGCGCCUCGGGUAGCGCCAGUGCUGAUUCCGUUUUAUCCAGAGUUAACCAGCGCGUAGACAUGGUGCCACACCUGGAGAGCGACAUGAUGCAGGGAAGCAUAUAUGGCUCGGGAGGAGAAAGAUACGACUCCUAUGAGGCCUGUGACUCGAGGGCCGUGCUGAGCGAGCGCGACCUGUACCGGUCGGGCUAUGACUAUGGCGAGCUCGAUCCCGAGAUGGAGAUGGCCUAUGAGGGCCAGUACGAUGCCUACCGCGACCAGUUCCGCAUGCGUGGAGGCGACACCUUCGGUCCGAGGGCUCAGGGCUGGGCCCGGGACGCCCGCAGUGGCCGGCCGAUGGCCUCGGGCUAUGGGCGCAUGUGGGAAGACCCCGUUGGGGCCCGGGGCCAGUGCAUGCCUGGUGCCUCCCGGCUGCCUUCCCUCUUCUCCCAGAACAUCAUCCCUGAGUACGGCAUGUUCCAGGGCAUGCGCGGCGGGGGCGCCUUCCCAGGCGGCUCCCGCUUUGGCUUUGGCUUUGGCAAUGGCAUGAAGCAGAUGAGGAGGACUUGGAAGACCUGGACCACAGCCGACUUCCGGACCAAAAAGAAAAAGCGAAAGCAGAGUGGCAGUCCUGACGAGCCCGACAGCAAGGCCACCAGGACGGACUGCUCAGACAACAGUGACUCCGACAACGAUGACGGCACCGAGGGGGAAGCCGCAGAUGGCCCUGAAGGUCCCGACGCCGUGGAGAAGGGCUCCCGAGCAGAAGGAGAGGACGAAGAGGGAAAAGAGGACGGGCGAGAAGACGGCAAGGAAGAUUCAGAGAAGGGGGCCCUGACCACCCAGGAUGACGACAGCCAGGCCAAGCGCAAGCUGCAGGCAACCAAGAAGAGCCAGGAUAAGCAGAAAAAGCGGCAGCGAGACCGCAUGGUGGAAAGGAUCCAGUUUGUGUGUUCCCUCUGUAAGUACCGGACCUUCUACGAGGACGAGAUGGCCAGCCACCUGGACAGCAGGUUCCACAAGGAGCACUUUAAGUUCGUAGGCACCAAGCUCCCGAAGCAGACGGCUGACUUCCUGCAGGAGUACGUUGCCAACAAGACCAAGAAGACAGAGGAGCUGCGGAAGACCGUGGAGGACCUGGACGGGCUGAUCCAGCAGAUCUACAGAGACCAGGACCUGACCCAGGAAAUCGCCAUGGAGCAUUUUGUGAAGAAAGUGGAGGCAGCCCACUGUGCAGCCUGUGACCUCUUCAUCCCCAUGCAGUUCGGGGUCAUCCAGAAGCACCUCAAGACCAUGGAUCACAACCGGAACCGCAGGCUCAUGAUGGAGCAGUCCAAGAAGUCCUCGCUCAUGGUGGCCCGCAGCAUCCUCAACAACAAGCUCAUCAGCAAGAAGCUGGAGCGCUACCUGAAGGGCGAGAACCCCUUCACCGACAGCCCCGAGGAGGAGAAGGAGCAGGAGGAGGCGGAGGGCGGCGCUCUGGACGAGGCCGCGCCCGGCGAGGCCCUGGGGGCCGAGGGCGUCCCCGCACCGCCCCCGGUGCCCCCGGAGCCGGCGCCCGAGCCCGCGUCGCCCCCGCCGCCGCCGCCCCCCGAGGAGGAAGAGGAGGGCGCCGUGCCCCUGCUGGGCGGGGCGCUGCAGCGGCAGAUCCGCGGCAUCCCGGGCCUUGACGUGGAGGACGACGAGGAAGGCGGCGGGGGCGCCCCGUGACCCGGCCCGCGGCCCGAGCCUGGAGAUUGAGCAUAAUAAAAAUUUUCCCUCUC